AUGAAGGUGCUCUUCUACCUUGGUCUCUUCUCUGGAGGGCUUCUCUGCUCUGCCGACCCGCAAACGCUCCAGUCGGAUGCCUCUUUGUCUCCUCUUCGUGCCAUCGUUCACCUCCGGGGCCCCGUGCCGGUAUCGUCUCCAAUCGAUCCGAAUGCGGCGGACGGCAGUUAUCUGGAGUCGGAUACAGACGUCGCUUCGAAGACGCCCCCCGCUGAGGCAGAAGACGCCGUCGACCAGCCCACAGUCGUCUCCGCCCUCCAGUUGACCCAGGAUGGAACCCCCGACACUCGAGCGACUGGUGUGGCUGGGCCUGAGCAAUGCUCAUGCGAAUUCGCGGGCAACUGCCUUCCAAAGGGCUCGUGCCUGGCGCUCGCGUUCACGCUCGUCGCGGUCACCCUCGUCUUUGUCAUUUUUCUCGCCUGGCUUCUUCAGUGGAUCAUCGCCAUUCCUUCCGAGUACGCCUUUGCUUUUGGACGGAAGAAAAACUGGUUUAGAUGCUGGCGUUAG